GCUCUCUUUCUAGUUCUAGAACUCAAACGUGAGGCGAGAUCGAAGACUUCACUGGCAUUAAGAUGCCAGUCGGCAGCGCCUAGGGUUUCCACGUCGGCGCUCCACUUACCGGGAAUCGGCCGCCGUCGGCGCCCAGGGAGUAGGCAGCCAGGAUGGCGGCGAUGGACUUGAAUGUGGCUCUUCUUCGGUAUCUACGGUGAUAAUGGCGCCGGGUGGUAUGCUUCUCUUGGCCGUCUCCUCACGGGGGAAGAUGCACCUGCUGGCGAUCCUUGCGCUUGCCUUCCACUUGAGCCCACUUUGUUUCGGGUUAAGCUCAACCAACCCACCUGAAAACAGAAAGGGAACAAUUAAACCAGGACCUGUCCCAGAUUUUCCUCCAAAUCCUCAUGUAAACUCUCAGGAUCCUAUUCCAAAACAUCACGAUAGUGUUUCUCUUGCAUCAUCACCAGCAUUAUCUACUCCUUGGCGAGGUCAAGAUUGUGAUGACGUAGUAUGUUCUGAACCGUUCAUGUCAACUGCAAUUGGUUCACCUUGUGAUUGUGUGCUGCAUGUUCGAGUAACUAUUGAUUUAGGGGUGCCUCCAUAUAUAUUUUUUACACAUAUUACAGAAUUUGAAGCUGAGAUGGCAGCAGGAACAUUCUUGAAGCAGAGUCAGAUAAAGAUUAUGUCUGCUGUUGGUCUGAAGGAGAAGGAAGGAACAACUCGUGUCACUAUAUUCUUGGUACCGCUUGGUGAGAAAUUUGAUACUACGAUAGUUUUGCUUAUUUACGAGAGACUUUGGCAGAAAAAGGUGCCCAUCAACAAAUCUAUAUUUGGUGAUUAUGAAGUAAUAUGUGUUCAUUAUUCAGGACUUCCUUCUUCCCCACCAUCUAUUCCUAGGGGAUCUUCUGUGCUAGGUCCUGAUUACGAUGGAAGCUACCAAUAUCCCCUGAUAGCAGUUGUUCCAAUGAGCAAGUUGAAGAAAUUAAAUGCUGCAAUCAUCGCAGUAAUUGUAGUAUCCUCAUUCAUUCUUAUACUAGCUUGUUCUGGCAUUAUCCUUUUUAUUCUAAAAUGGAAAAAUCUUGGACGACAACCUGCUCCGCUGGGCUCUACAAUCACCCAAUCAGUAAUUAGAACAUCUGGCAUUAAAUGCAUGGUGCCAGAUAGCAUGAAUAACUCACCUUCUGAUGCCAUCGUUUUGGCUUCUUGCCCACCUGCAUUGAAGGUAUUUUCGUUAGCCGAGAUUGAGAAGGCUACAGAAAAAUUCUGUUCAAAUAAAAUAUUAGGGGAAGGAGGUUUUGGAUGUGUUUACCAUGGGACUCUAGAUGAUGGAAGUGAAGUUGCUGUUAAGCUGCUUAGCAAAAGGAAUCAAAAUGGAGAACAUUUCCUUUCAGAAGUAGAGAUGCUUAGUCGACUGCAUCACCAAAAUCUUGUAAAGUUAAUUGGUAUUUGCACUGAAGAUGAUAAAAGUUGUCUGGUUUAUGAGCUUGUACGAAAUGGAAGUGUUGAAUCCCAUCUCCAUGGUGCUGACAAGAAGAAAGGACCCCUAGAAUGGGAUAUUCGGGUCAAGAUUGCGCUUGGUGCAGCUAGAGGCCUUGCGUACCUACAUGAGCAUGCCAACCCUCAUAUUAUACAUCGAGACUUCAAGUCUAGUAAUGUGCUACUAGCGGAAGAUUUCACUGCCAAGGUGACAGAUUUUGGUUUGGCUAGAGAAGUAUCAGAAGGUAGUCAACAUGUUUCAACUAGAGUCAUGGGAACAUUUGGGUAUGUUGCGCCGGAGUAUGCAAUGACGGGGCAUUUGCUUGUUAGUAGUGAUGUAUACAGCUACGGGGUUGUGUUGCUGGAGCUUUUAACUGGUCGCAGGCCUGUCUACUAUUCCUCAUCCCGGGAGCCAGAGAAUCUUGUGACAUGGGCACGCCCUCUCCUUGCCACGAGGGAAGGAGUCAUGCAAGUCAUGGAUCCAUCCUCGCAUGGAAGAUGUAACUUUGACGACGUUGUCAAAGUUGCAGCCGUAGCAUCAAUCUGCGUUCAUAGUGAUCCGUCUCAAAGGCCAUUCAUGAGCAGAGUUGUUCAGGCCCUGAAGCUGAUAUGCCAUGACAUGGAUGAUGCUGAUUCACAAAGCCAGAAAGAGUCGUCUUCCGGCCAGGAGCAUGACUACGGAGGAGAUUUGGAAGCUGAGAUGAGCUGGUGGAGCCAGACUUCGCCGCUGUCCUACAGGCAUGGCUCUCCCUUCAUCACCAUGGAGUACAACAGUUUGGACACAAUGGAUCAAUUGCGGAGGAUACAACAACGGGCUUCAGCAUCAGAAUCUAAGUACAGCAGAUCUGCUCCUUCAAGAAUAAGCAAGCAAAAGACCUCCCUCUAUAGAUUGAGAAGAAAUGUUAGCGAACAUGGACACCUCUGUGCAAAUCGUCCGUAUGGAUCAAGUUUUUGAAAGGCAAUGAUACUCAUUCUUACCCUUUUUUUUAUCGUAUUUUCUAUUAACUUUACAGAUUGUGAUAGAGAUGGCUAUGGCCAACCAUGUCCUAAGGAAGAGGUUGAGCUUUUGGAUUUCAUUUCGUAUGAAAUCCUUUAUGGGUUGAAGUUGUCGAUAUAUGUUAUCCCUCUAACAUGACAUAUGAAUAAGUUGUAAUUUCAACCAGUUUGAAUCAGCUACAUGGAUGUACUGCAUCAUAUUAUCGAUA